AUGGAUCCUUUGUCUCUCUUUCUUUUUUUUCUUUUCUCUUUUUCUCUUGAUAGUAACACACCAUUACAUUUGGCCGUUAUUCUAGGAUACAAAGAAUGUAUUAAACUUUUGUUGGACCAUGGAGCACCUAUCAGAAUCAAGAACAGCCUGGGCUGGACCCCACUUGCUGAAGCAAUUAGUUAUGGUAACAGAAACACUAUUAAAGCCUUGCUACAUCAUCUCAAACUACAGUCUCGUCAGUCAAUGGAAGAUAAGCGGCCAUUUCAUAUCCAAGCAUUACGAAAUCUGGGAGAUUUUUAUUUAGAAUUACGAUGGGAUUUUCAUAGUUGGGUACCACUUGUUUCUAGGAUAUUACCUUCAGAUAUCUGUCAAAUUCGAAAAAGAGGUGCUUGUAUACGACUGGAUACAACAUUAGUAGAUUUUAAUGGGAUGCAUUGGGAACGAGGCGACAUAACAUUUAUCUUCAAUGGCAAUGAACGACCACCCAAAUCUCUUUUAAUUAUGGACAACAAAGCCAAAAUUUAUCAGUGGAUACGCAAUGAGGAAACAGAUACUGACUUGGAAGAUGAAGUGGAUGUACUAAUGAGCAGUGAUAUUGUCCUCACACAAAUGUCAACAAAAAAUAUUACUUUUAAUCGCAUGAAAAGUGGUUGGUUAUUUAAAGAAGAUAAAACAGAAAUGGUGGGUCAAUUUACAGCCGAUUAUUAUAGCAUAGGUGGACUGACUUUAGAAUCUCGGAAAAGGAGAGAGCACUUAAGUCCAGAAGACUUACAGCGGAACAAAGCAUUGGUGGAGAAUUUCUGUAAGGGUGCUAUUGCUGAAGAUGCAACCCAAAUAGGCAAACAGCCUGAAAGGCGGAUGUCACUUCUUCCGCCAGCAAAACCUUGCCUGAAAUGGGAAGAAUAUGAAAGUUUCACUUCUGGCAAAUGCCCUUGUUUGGGACGGGUUUUAGUUUCUAAGGAAAACUGUAAAACUUAUAAAGCUACUGUGGCUAUGAGUGAAGAUUUUCCAAUGACAGUAGAAGCAUUAUUAGAUGUCUUGGAAGUUAUAGCCCCUUUUAAACAGUUUCAAAAGUUGCGAGAGUUCAUGACAACAAAACUACCUCCUGGUUUUCCUGUUAAAGUGGAAUUACCUGUAUUUCCGACAGUCACAGCAACAGUAACAUUUACAGACUUUGACUGGGUAGAUGAUUUGUCUGCGAAUCUCUUCUGCUUUAUUAUAAUUGUUGUUUAUUUUUUCUACUUAAACUGUUUAAAUGUUUUGAUCUCACUGUUCCAUUACAUUAUCUAUAUAUAUCUAUCUAUCUAUCUAUCUAUCUAUCUAUCUAUCUAA